AUUGCAACGAUCAACCGCAAAACCAUUUUCAAUUUCGAUACACACACUUCAUUCCACACUCAUUACACACUCACUUACACACUCAUUUAUUCAGUCACUCAGUCACUCACUCAGUCGCUCAGUCACUCAGUCACUCACUCAACUCCCUCACUCCCUCACUCACCUCACUCACCUCACUUACUUCACUCGUUCAUUCUUUGUCGCUCUUUCAAAUAAUCCUCCCUCCCUUUCCUUAUCAGACGCUUUUCUCGUGUUGUGUUUAAUCAUUUGAUCUGUUUGUUGUUCUGCUACCGCUGCCCAAAGCCCAACAUUGUAUGGUACUGGUACGUGUCACAAUUCUUCCCCCUGUUUAUGCCCAUUUUCAGAUGCAGUGCAUAAGGUGAUUAUCGAAUCAUCUUCAGAUACUUCUGUUGCCUCAUGAGCAAAUAUGCAAGAUAAAGGCGACAAGAAAAACCGACAGCCAGGGUAGAAAUGAAAGAAAUACUUGGGUACAGCAGAACUAACAUCUCUCUUCUUCUCUUAUUGAAGCACAACAGACAAUCAAUUCAAUCGACACCAUCGUCACUUAAAGUUCUACGCUCAUUUCCAACAUCAACUCAGUCGAUUUUAUAUCAAUUUCACUCUCAUUUAUCAACUUUUCAUAACCGUUUAUACCGUUCUCGUAUAAUCAAGAAGCCAUCCCCAUCAGAUUCACCACCACUAUUGGAUUUCACAGUCAGCCAUCAAUUUGAACAGCCAAUCUCGCUUGCCAUCCUCUGAACAGCAGCCCUCCCUCUCCAAGACAAGACUCCACCAAACUAACAACUAGUUUCAAAGACUGCGCAAUCGAUAAUAAUAACUCCCCAGAAGUCUGAAGAUAAUAUCGUACGGAGAUAUCGAACAUUGAUAGAUCAUCUAUCUCCCUUACAGACGGAUCUUAUCACUGAAAUUUUCACGGAUUUUUUUCAAAUUAUAUCACCAGCAACAAAGGAGGAGGAUUCUUUCUUUCUUUUCUUACAACAGCAAGCAAUAAGCCGUUUGAGAUUGGUUCCUGGUUCCUGAACACCCGAGGUCCACCCCUUCAAAGCUGGUACAAAAAAUAAAAAUAUCAAUUAUUUCUCAUUAGUCCGCGAAUCUAGUCUAGAUCCAUUCGAGUUCAACUUGCCUUUUCGAGAGUGAGAUUACUAUCACUUUAGAAGUUUAGAUCCCUUCGACUCCAUCUCAACUUCAACACCAACACAACACUCAUUACAUACUGCAAUAGAACAAUCAACAACUCUUUAAUACACCCUCGAGAGAAUUUUCAUUCGAUUUAUACACCACAGUGAAGGAUAAUCAAAUGGCAUAAGGGUUGCGCGUCCAGUCAAUGCAAUUAUUUCGGGAACUGGCGGAGAAAGAGGCCAUCGAGCUUUUGAUUCUCACGAACUCUCAACACGAAUAAUACCCAUUAAUAAUACUUACUCAGAGGGGAACAGCAAUGAGGUUCUCAUCAUGGCUGAGCCCAUCAGCUAGCGACUCACCAUCUAUAAUGCGCUUUUCUUUCCUGUUGACCAUAACGCCAUUAUCGCGCGCGAUUACUUUCCAGCCGGCUCCAUCCGCCAACCUCGAUCUCUCGAAUUUGGGACGUGUAGGGCUUGGUGGGGAUUUUGAUGGUAUAUCGUUGUAUAAAUUCCAGGGACAGAAUGAAGAUGGAUACAACACUACGAUCCAAUCCGUUAUGGCACGGUUUCCCACGGGUGAAUUUGAGUCCUUGGCAUCGGCUGAUGCUUCAAUCACAGCAAUGUGCCCAUACGUCAAAUCGGAUGGAACUCUUGUGGGGGUCGUAAUUGGAGGUAAUUUUACGAGCUUAGGAAAUGUAGAAUCGCAAGGCAUUGCAUUGUUCAAUUCGAAUACGUCUGCAAUUACCGCACUUCCUGGAUUAUCAGGAUCCGUUUCAGCACUCUUAUGCGACGAAUCGACAAAUGCAGUUUACAUUGGAGGUUAUUUCGAUUCUACGAAUUCUUCAAAUGUAAUCAAGUUGGUGGACGAGAACUUAGUUGCCCUUCCCUUUUCUGGAUUUAACGGUCGGGUCAAUUCUAUCUCGAAGGCUUCGAACGGGAAUAUAAUAUUUGGUGGAGCUUUUACCGGGCUAGGAAACUCUACGGCACCAAUCACUAGUAGAAGUAGUAAUACAACUGAUCAGCAAAUUGUCAACAUUUCUGGCGCCAAUAUCACGAGCACUGGCACGGCGACAACUGCUGGCUUUGAUGAUCCAACAAAUAUUGUGUGCAAGACCGGUGGCACUGACGGCGCUGGAAAUACUUGGUUGCUCAAAGAUGAUUCUGCUGGAUUCUGGAAAGCUACGUUUGGAUUUGGCUUUCAACCUACUAAGUUGAGAUUAUGGAAUACGCACCAAGAUGGCCGAGGUACCAAGACCUGGAGAUAUACGGCUCAGCCAAUCAACGGCAUCAUGAAUUUUACAUACAUCGAUCCAGCCACAGGUGCUAAUGCAACAUGUACAUCGGAGUGCCCUUUAAGCAGCAAUACUAGCAUUCCAUACCAGGAUUUCCACUUUGUGAAUUCAGUUGGCAUGGAUGCCUUUCAGAUCGAUAUCUCUGCUUGGUAUGGUAGUGGAGGUGGCUUGAAUGGCAUUGAGCUGUUCCAGGAUGACAUAUUUUCUUAUGCCAUCAAGGAAUUCAACGAGCCUUCCUGUGCUUCUCUGUCAACUGCCUCAAAAGCUACAUCUACUGGUCCUUGGGCUAUCAGUCCGUCAUUUCAAAGUGUUGCAAAGUAUCUCACGGGUCAAUUUACAUCAGACACAGCAAGUGCAGCUUCUGUGGUAUUUUAUCCGGACAUCAGAGAGUCCGGGAACUAUACAGUAAAGAUGUACACACCUGGAUGUAUCCAGGAUAAUACAUGCUCAAGCCGAGGCUCUGUUGUUGUAAAUGGAACCGUGGCUAGUGAGACUUCACGUGCAACGGCAACCUUUGGCUCACCCGUUACCCUUUUUCAGUCUAACGACUACGACAAGUAUGAUCAAGUGUACUCUGGUUACAUUCAAGCUGCUAGCGAUACAUUCCGCCCUUCUAUUACCCUCACUCCAAGCGGUCAGAUACCUGGGAAUUCCGAGAAUUUUACGAUUGUGGCUCAGCGUGUUGGAUUCAUCCUGAACAAUGCGACCAGCACCGGAUUGAAUGGUCUUUUCGAGUUCGAUCCAAGCGAAACUGUCAUUAAUGCUUCCAAUUUCCAGAACAAUACGGUUGUUCAAGCUGGUAUGGGCCUUAAUGAUGAUGCUGAGGUGAAUGCUGUUGUGGCUUCUGGCAAUACUAUUUUUGUUGGAGGCAAUUUUUCUGCCACAAAUUACCAAAACAUAUUCUCCAUCUCAGACGCCGGUACUAAUUCACUGGCUUCGAACGGUUUAAAUGGGGAAGUUCUCACUAUGCUUCUUAACGACACAACUCUAUAUGUUGCUGGAAAAUUCAGCAGCAACACGGGCUCCACCACUACCACAGGGUUGAGCAAUAUCGCCGCUUAUGAUACCGUACAGAACAGAUGGAGCGCAUUAGGAGCUGGCGUCAAUGGACAAGUUUCAUCAGUGGUACCAAUAUCAAUGAACAUCACCGCUAACAGACCUGAGACUGUUAUCACCUUAACUGGAGAUUUUGACCAGCUCCUUGCAUUUGGUAACAACUCUUCUGUAGCUGUUUCUGGUUUCGCAAUUUGGGUCCCCUCAUACGGCAAUUGGUUACAAAACCUUAAUAUUGCUAAAAUGGCUAUCAACGGUCAACUCACUGCCGCAGUAAAUGCAUCUGGCGACUACAUUUUUGCAGGUUCGCUCUCAUCAUCACAACUGGGCGUCAGUGGAGUUGUUUCCCUUGCAUCAGGAUUAAGCCCAUUUCCUGUUGACAUUCAAGCCUCUAAACCACAAUCUACAUCAACCUUAUCGAAGAGGAAUACUGCCAGUCAAAACGUUAGUGGAGUUGUAACCGGACUAUUCUAUGAGAAUGGCUCCAAGAAUGUCACAAUCCUUGGUGGCCAUUUCACUGCAACCUCUACCAACGGCACUGAUGUUAAUAACCUUGUCUUUAUUGAUGGCGCGAAUGACAACACCGUCACUGGACUUGGAUCCCAGAUCGAUGCCGGUUCUACCUUCCGUGCGUUGGCUAUACAAGACGACAUUCUCUAUGCUGGAGGUUCCGUUACUGGAACUGUUAACGGAGGAAGAGUCAGCGGGCUCAUCUUAUACGAUCUUAAGGCUUCUACAUUUGCAUCGCAAAUACCAGCUCUUGGCGGACAAUCAGCCGUUGUUCAUGACAUUGCUGUUAGGACAAAGACUGGCGAUGUAUAUGUUGGUGGAAGUUUCACUCAAGCUGGAAUUCUAGAUUGCCCAGGGGUUUGCCUUUUUACAGCUUCUGCAUCCCAAUGGAAUCGCCCAGGAACGAACCUCGAAGGUACCGUGAAUACCAUGCUUUGGACCAGCGAUACAUCUCUCAUCGUCGGCGGAUCAUUAACAGUCGAUGGAGCCAAUGUAUCUUUAGCAACCUACGAUACCAAAGGCCAAACCUGGACUACCGCUACUGGCUCAAAUGCCAUCCCAGGAACUGUAACAUCCAUUGUCCCUGCGACUAGUGAUAUCUCACAAUAUUGGGUAGCUGGCACCGCAACCAAUGGGUCGGCAUUCGUUAUGAAGUAUGACGGUACAAACUGGAAUUCGGUUGGGAAUGUGUUCGCAAGCGGCUCAGUCAUUCGUGGUCUCCAAAUGAUGCCCCUCUCAUCAAACCACGAUAAUUCCGAUCUUGUUCCUUCGAAUCAAGUCUUGAUGCUUACUGGUUCCAUGGUGUUACCCACCUUUGGUAAUGUCUCGGCAGUUCUAUUCAACGGAACCAGCUUUCAACCUUUUGCGCUCACAAGCAGCACGUCAAAUACUGGAGGUAGCCUGUCGCACAUUUUCUCGCAAGAGAAUAACUUUUUCAAAUCAUCUGGUAGGUUAAUCAUGAACAAGCAAUAUUGAAUAAAUCUCUAACAUCAUUAUAGGUAGUCACCUUGCAGUUGGCUUGGUCGUACUUAUUGCUUUAGCAAUCUCUCUCGCAUUAAUUUUCCUUCUGGUCGUUGCCGGCGUGUUGGCGGAACGCAUCAGAAGAAAACGUGAGGGUUAUAUGCCUGCACCAACGAACAGUUAUGAUCGAAAUAGCGGAAUGUCAAGAAUUCCUCCACAUCAACUGUUCAGCUCACUUGAUCAAGGUCGAGCAGCAGCCGAAAAAGCACCCAUGAUUUGAAACGACGGUAUAACGACGGCGCAAAGGGAAAGGGCUUGGCUUAAAGGCGUUCUGGAUAGGCUCAUGUGCCUUUCGUUCUUUUUUUUUCAUUGUUCAUUGUUUCAGCAUACCCAUUUGGAGUUUUACAUAUUAAAGUGAUGCCUCUAUUGCUCCGUGGAGCGAUCCGCUUUGCUUUUCUAAUUUUUCGGCAACUAUGCAGAUCUAGCGGCAUCACCAGUUUCUUUUCUUUUUCCCGCAUUACAGCAAGGCUUAAUGUUUUUACACAAAAACUCUUUCGACAUGUUACAAAAUCUUAUCGCUCUACCUACUUUGUACAAAGAUAAAAUCAACACAAUCUGCGGUCACCGCCACAAUGGCCGCGUGAGGUGAAAUUAGCGUGGAAUGGGAUUUUUGAAGAACAGCUAGCUCGAUUGCUAAAGCAGAUCUUGAUAUCUUUUGCGUGGUUACAAAGCCUCAUGUAUGAAUGUUUCGUCGAUAUUUCGCGUGGGAGGAGCGAAAGUGGAGAGGAACAAGCUAGAUAGUAAUGUAUUAAUGUCACACUUUCUUUUUCCUUUCUUUGCCCUUUUUGGUGAUGCGCGUGGAUAGUGAGUGAGGAGAGGGACUGUUUCCCAAGAAAGGAGGCGAGGAAUGACGAGCGAAAGGAAGCAGAAGGAGAAGAAUAGUUAGUGAAGUUAGUGAAGUUGGUGAAGAUAG